GGAGGAUGGCGGUAGAGAAGAAGUUCGGUGUCGAGAUGGUGAAGCAAAAAGGGAGCCUGUAAAGUCCGAAGUGAUUGUCCGUUGAGCGCACACGUUGAAAGCGAGGAGAAGAAAGAAAGAAAGAAAGAAAGAAAGAAAGAAAGACAAAUGGAGCCGGAGGCGAGCAGGGGGCCAGAAGCCCCCAAUUUGGCGCAGAUGGCCGCCUCCAAACUCAGCCAGAUGGGGGACAGGAGCAAGCGGCUGGGCAGCGCCAUGCAGGAGCCGGCUCGGCAGAGGCGCAUCAUCCUGGUCAUCGUGUGCGUGGUUCUGCUCCUGGACAACAUGCUCUACAUGGUCAUCGUGCCCAUCGUCCCGGACUACCUGGAGGGGCUGCAGAAGUCGGCGGAGCGCGCGCAAGUCUCGCCCCCUCCCGCCGGCAACGACACGCGGCGGCGAGAGCCCGCCGGGGCCAACUUCGACUUGCAGAUCGGAGUGCUGUUCGCCUCCAAAGCCAUCGUGCAGCUGCUCGUCAACCCGCUGAGCGGCACCUUCAUCGACCGGGUGGGCUACGACAUCCCGCUGGUGAUCGGCCUGAGCAUCAUGUUCCUGUCCACGCUCGUGUUCGCCUUGGCGGAGAACUACGCGACGCUGCUGGUGGCGCGCGGCAUGCAGGGCAUCGGCUCGGCCUUCGCCGACACGUCGGGCAUCGCGCUCAUCGCCGACCGCUACCCGGAGGAGGCCGAGCGCAGCCGCUCGCUGGGCAUCGCGCUGGCCUUCAUCUCCUUCGGGAGUCUGGCGGCGCCCCCCUUCGGCGGGAUCUUGUACCAGUUCGCCGGCAAGCGGGUGCCCUUCCUCAUCCUGGCCGCCGUGUGCCUGGCCGACGGGGCCCUGUGCCUGGCGGUGCUCAAGCCCUUCGCCGACCGCGAGCGGGCCAACAUGCCGGUGGGCACGCCCAUCUGGCGGCUCAUGACCGACCCGUACAUCGCGGUGGUGGCCGGGGCGCUGACCAUCUGCAACAUCCCGCUGGCCUUCCUGGAGCCCACCAUCGCCAAGUGGAUGGAGGACACCAUGCACUCCAGCCAGUGGCAGAUGGGCAUGACGUGGUUCCCCGCCUUCUUCCCGCACGUGCUGGGGGUCUUCCUGACGGUCAAGCUGGCCGCCAAGUACCCGCACCUGCAGUGGUUCUACGGGGCCGUGGGCAUGGUGCUGAUCGGGGCCAGCUCGUGCACGGUGCCGGCGUGCAAGAACUUCGGCGAGCUCAUGGUGCCGCUGUGCGGGAUCUGCUUCGGCAUCGCCUUCGUGGACACGGCGCUGCUGCCCACGCUGGCCUUCCUGGUGGACGUGCGCCACGUGUCCGUCUACGGCAGCGUGUACGCCAUCGCGGACAUCUCCUACUGCGUGGCCUACGCCACGGGGCCCGUGGUGGCCGGCAAGAUCGUGCACGACCUGGGCUUCGCGCAGCUCAACCUGGGCAUGGGCCUGGCCAACGUGCUGUACGCGCCCGCGCUGCUGCUGCUGAAGAACGUGGCCCGCAUGAGGCCGUCGUACUCGGAGAGGAACAUGCUGCUGGAGGACGGCGCCGCGGGACUCUACGACGCCGUCAAGAUGGAGCAGAAGCAGAAGAAGAGGAAAGGCCUGUGCGAAAGUCUCGACGGCGACGGCGUCGAGACUUUCGUGGGCCGCUCCUUCUCCCAGGAGGAAUCCUCGGGUGGCGAGGGCGCCUGAAGCCGCGCGGCAAACCCCCGCUAUUCGCGGGGGGGGGGGGCGAACGAGCCCAUCCAUUGUUUUUUCCCCUCCAAAAUUACUGCUUUAUAUCAGUGGCUCUCAAACUUUAAACCUAAAAAAAAUAAAACAUACGCUAAUACUCUCCAUGUACCACCAUAACGACAACAUCAUGAAAAAAAUAUAUAUUUGAUUGUAACCCGAUGCACAGUUUGAACAUUUAACACUGCUCUCAAAUAGAGCACAAUUAAAAACAGUAUUUCGAUACUGAUUGAAUUUUAAAAAAUAUAUGUAUUGCACAUUUAAGUGAAAUUAAAAGUCUACUCUAUGGUAUUUCAAAGUUAAAUACAACUGGACUGUACUUAACGAGCGCACUAGGCUGGAUUUAAAUAGUUCAGGCCACUGUAAUAUUAUGCGCAGUUUGAACAUUUAAUUCAGCAAUUCUUCACUUACCACUAGAGGGAGCCUCCGUACAACUUUGAGAAUCACCGACCUAUAUUAACAGUCUGAGCAAUUCAUUGUGUUCCACAUCGUAGUUAUGGUUGACCCCAGCAGGGCUGUUAUGACUGUGGGGGGCGGGGAAAAACAAAAAAAAAAACAUAUACACUGAACCCCGCAGAUUCCUAGUUUGGCAUUGAAAAGUCCGCAGAUUUUUUUCUUUUCUUUUCAGGGAACAUAUCCUCCAUUAUUCGACGAAAAACUCACCAGUUUUGACUGGCAUCUUGGUGUCAGAGCAACUGUUAUGAAGUGAGUUGAGGAGCUUCAUUCAGGCAAAAGUAGUGCUUUGCUGCCAUCUUGUGGCAAUUCGUAUAUCAUUCUUGCUAUUUGAGGCAGGGCUCAGUGCCUACGCCAAGUGAACAACGAGGUUUCACUGCAGUCACCUCAUCAUGUUAAUUGGAAUUGUCAAACAAUGACACCUCCAUUUUUGUUGACUUUCUGCAACUCCUGCUAACAACCCAGGUUAAACUGAGCUCCUCCUUGACAGCAGUAUCACUUCAAUUGACUUCCUUGACACCAAUUACUAGUUUCCGAUUCGCCAGGGAUUUGGCGUGAUCUUGGGGCGUCCUCGUGCGUUACAGAAUGUGCUGAAAAUAUGCAGCAAUUCCACCAAUAGUGUUCCAACCAAUAGCUGAGGAUACGUUCCACAGAAAGAAAGAGGGGAAAAAAACAACGCAAAUACGUGAAUCCGUGAAAGGGCGCAGUUCACUGUACUUAGUUUUAAAUUGAAGUGCCAAAUGUACAAUUGUGUCCUUCCAGCUUCCGCUUUUUUGCAGUAGAAAGGAGCCAUGCAGUCAGUGAGUGGAGAAAAAAAAAAAAAAAAAAGUGAUUGUAUCAAUUUACAUUUCAGGGAUUAUAUGUGUUUGUACAUUUCAGUACACACUUGCAACUUGUCUGUACUUGUGGUCAGUUUGCCUUUGAGUUGCACCGCUAUGAACUCGCUAAUUAUGCAAAAAUGAUGAAUGUGUCCCUGAAUAUCUUUAUUCGUUGGUUUCUUUCUGUUUUUGACGAUGUACUCAUGAAAUGCAAAGCCUCGAUGUACGAGCUGCUCCUGUACGUACGUGGAUAUUGGUGUACAGACAUGAAACGGACAUUACGGUACGUCUACUCGGGAAACAUUAAAAACUGGGUUUCCCAACCUUUAUUGCGCCAAGGCGCAUAUUUUAAAUUGGAAAAAAUGUCACAGCACACCACAAAACAAAAAUCAUAAAAAAAGUACACAUCAUCGCUGUCGGCCGGAAUCCUCGCAUCGAGUUAUUACCGGGUUAGUAUGAUAGCUAACACAACUGAUGACCCUGUUUGUAAUUAGUUAACGACUGGAUGAAUAAAGUAGUUUAUGUACAAUGAAAAAAAAGUACUUAAUGUUCGGUUUGCGAAUGAUUAAAAUGUGGUCAACUGAUGUAAUUGUCCUGCUUUUCCUCGAAAACAAUCAAAGAAAAUGUUACUUUAACAUAUUUGAAUUAUGUACAACCCUUGUACAUGUUCCAAUAGUAAAGAAAGUAAGAUCAAUGUAAAGAAAAAGAAUUGUUUUCAGUGUAACAUGGCUUCGUGAUUGUGUACAUGCUAGAUUCAUGGCGUUGGUGCUUUAUGACGAUGUUUCGCAACCUUCAUUUCACAAAAAUCUAACACCACCCCACCAAAUAAAAAUGUCACUAAAAGUAUGGAUACGCAAACAAUGAUA